AUAAUCUAAAGGAUGGUUAUAAAAAUUGGAAGUUUCUUAAGAUGAAGGCUACUAGUCUUGGGUAUGAUCUUGUGAGGAAAACUACUACUGCCCCUAAAGAAUGGUGGGAUGCAAGAGAAAAGGAAAACUCUAAAAUCAAGAAAUUUAGACUCCGUGGAAUAGAAAUUGAGUUGGAAGAAAGGUAUCAAGAGAUGUUUAGUGGAGCUAUUCUUGAACUUGAUUUUGCUUAUACACCUUCUUUAGGAACUCUUCCACCAAUAAAUGACUUGAAUGGACUUGAGACUUUAGAUGAUGUGAGUGGGAAUUCAAGUGCAAGUGCAAACCUUCUAGUCAUCUUCAACACAAGAAUGAUAAUAAAAACAAAAAGGGAAAGGCUGGUGAAAAUUCCUUGUGAAACAAUGCUAGGAAAAAAGAAGGUGUUGGAAAACUAUUUGGUCAAAUUGAUCAUUUUUGCAAUUUACUUGACAGUAGGAGUUCUAUAGCUUCAAAGAUGAAAGAUUGUUAUUCCUCAAACAUUCUUCUCCAUCUCCACAUCAUGUUAUUAUUGUGCCUCAGUCACAAAAUCAAAUAAAAUAAUAAUUAGUGA